GCUAAGACUGUCGAUGGCUAGGAGAAAGGGAAAUCCAAAUAAUGCUGGUGCUGCUAUGAAAAGGAAGGGAGUGCGCAAAAAGCAUCAUGUUUUUACCGGAGAACGUAAUAGGGCUUCUCCAUCACCCAUAGUUAAGCUUUACAGUAGUUUGACAGAAGAUCAGAAGCUUGCUAUAGUUGACAUGGGUCAUGCCAGCUUUCUUGAUAUCAAGUGUGGACAGUUGCAUAACCCGGUCAUAAAUUGGUUUACAAAGUGUUAUCAGCCCAAUAGGAGAGCAUUUGUUGUCCCUUGUCGUGGAGUUAUCCCAUUAGACGAAGAAUUUGUUCAUAUCAUGACUGGAUUUCCCAAUGGACAACUUCAAGUCAAGUACUAUUGUGAUUACAAGUUGGAGGCUGAGAUUUCUGAAAGGCUAUUUCCUGGAAAAACUAGCAGGCCUAAGGUUUCAGAGAUUGGAAAAAUGCUCGAGGAGUGCCAAGAAGCUGAUGAUACUUUUAGGGAACUUUGGCUUUUGUUCUUGGUGUCAACAGCUGUUGCUCCAACAACAGAUGUAAAGAUGAGCAACAAAUGUUAUCCAAUGCUGCUUGACAUUGCUAAUGCAAAAGAGAUGAACAUGUGCAAAUUUAUUGUUGAUGAGCUGCACAAUAAUCUGUCAAAUGGGAAGUAUAGCAGGGGAUGUUUACUGUACUGCAUGCUUACAAAUUGAUGCGGUUGGUGCAAUGGAUGCACAGGAGUACGAUUCAACCAUAUUCGGUGUUCUGGAGCUGAAGGAUGAGUAUAAGGAGGACAUUGCUAGGGAAAUGGGUUUGUUUGGUGGUCCUAAUGGUUUUGAAGCUUGGAUGAAUCUUAAUACACAUCCUUCUUGCAAACAGAAGCAACGGAUCAAAGCCUACACCUUAAUGCAAUCUUUUGCAUCAGGCCUCAAUGGUCUGUUGAGCAAUCUUGUGCAAGGCAUGACUGAAUCAGCUGAUACCGAUACUGAAAAUGACGAUGUUGUUGAGCAAGCUAGUGAUGAAGAAAAUGUUGACUUAAGUGCGUCUGAAUCAGAGGAGAAUGAAGAGAUGUCUCCCACUGUUGUUACUGGACGUGGUAAACCAUGAACCCGUCUUGCUGGUAAAGGAAUUGUU